AUGUCCGCUUCACCAACGAUCCUUCUCAUCGGCGCUUCGCGUGGCCUCGGCCAUGCCAUGGCAGCAGAAUUCCUAGAGAGGGGAUGGAAGGUCGUUGGCACGGUCCGCGGGGGGUCACGAACAUUACUACACGACCUAGCAGACAAAUACACUGGCCGGGUUGAUAUUGAGACGUUGGACAUUUGCGAACCCGAUCAAAUCAAGGCGCUCGACAAUCGCUUAUCAGUAUCGGGCAAGACAUUCGACGCCCUGUUUGUGAACGCCGGAACAACAAAUCGUGACCCAACCCAAAACAUUGGCGAUGUAUCAACGGAAGAUUUCAUCCAUGUCAUGGUCACAAAUUCGCUCAGCCCGAUGCGUGUCGUUGAAACCCUGGCACAUCAUGUGACCCCAAAGGGUCUUAUCGGGGUGAUGUCAUCGGGACAGGGAAGCAUAAGCAACAAUGAAACGGGUCUGCGAGAGGUAUAUCGGGGUACUAAAGCUGCGCUGAACAUGUUCAUGCGAAGCUUUGCAGCUCGUCAGGAUCCGUCGCGUCCAAUGGUGGUGAUGGCUCCUGGAUGGGUCAAAACUGAGUUGGGAGGUCCCGAUGCUCGGCUGACUAUCGAAGAAAGCAUUCCCAGCUUAGUGAAUGUACUUGUUUCAAAGCAAGAACGACCCGGACUUGAAUACCUUGAUUAUCUUGGUCGAACUGUGCCUUGGUGA